CUUCUUCUUUCUUUGGAUAUAACUACUAUUACUUCCUAUUAUACACUCAUUGUGUUCGUCACUUCUCAUUUCUUGCGCUGGUAUCAUCAAUCCAAAGCCACAUCACUGUCCUUGUACGCAGCCAAUAUUCGGUCACUACCUCGGCUUCAUACUUGACCGCCUAUAAUGGAACCUAUAUCUAACUCCCUCCACGACGUGCUGGUGGAUUUGCACCGACACCCAUAUCCUCACGUCCCUAACCCCCCGUCAUGCAAGAAGCGCGCCUCCGUCGCUCUCAUUCUACGAGUCCGUCCGACAUAUAAUCAUUGGCCCGACGCAUCUUUCAACCCGUCGCCGGAUAGUUCCACGUCCACCAAGCAACAACUCGAUACGUUCUUUUCACAACCCUGGGUGCAAAACGGAGAUCCAGAAGCCGUCUUUAUCAAGCGAGCUUCGCGCGUGGGAGACCGAUGGACCGGCCAUGUUGCGCUCCCGGGAGGGAGACGAGACCCCGAGGAUGCGGACGAUCGAGCGGCGGCCAUCCGGGAGACCUCGGAAGAGAUUGGGCUGGACCUGAUGCCAAACAAUUGUAUAUACAUUGGCAAUCUCCCUGAGCGGGUGGUGACCACCAGCUGGGGCGCUGUUCCGUUGAUGGUUCUGUGCCCGUUUGUCUUCUUGUUGACGAGCCCCGAAUCACCCUCGUUGAAAUUACAACCCACCGAAGUAGCAUCAACCCAUUGGGUCCCUCUCCGGGCCCUUCUUUCCCCGGCACUGCGCACAGUGGAGUAUGUCGAUAUGUCUCAGCGGCUGCCCACCGUGGGCGGGUUCGCAACCCGCCUUGCCUGCCGCGCUAUUAUGGGCCUCAUGCAAUUCUCGGCCAUCCGAUUGGUCUCGACGGAGAGCUUGUACAGCAACACUACCCCUGGACUCAUCCCCACCGACACUAAACUCAGCCCGACCCCUUGGUUCCAGCGAUGGAAAGCACAUUGCGGGGGUCACCAGGGCGGCUCCAGCGAAGGAGCUCCCCCACUUCUCCUCUGGGGAUUGACCCUCGGUAUCUUGGCCGAUUUUCUCGACAUGCUCCCGCCACACUCGGCGGUGACGCUGUGGAAGUAUCCCACGUUCACCACCCCUGAUCUCCGACUGAUCGUGAGUCUCAUGACAUACCGCUUGCGCAAGCAAAACACUCUCCGAGUACGCUCUGGACGACGAGCUAGCAACACGGCUGUGGACGGCCAGACGGCUGCCUUACCGGUCACGGAGAUCAUGGAUGCGGAGUCGGAGCGCAAUCACGUCGGCAUCGGAGGCCUUGGGGUGGGUCGAUAUUACGGAUCGUCGGACCGGAGUCCUGAUGGGAAUGCAUACGCUGUAGGGAUCAUGCUCAAGGGGUAUUAUGACCGACUUCGGACGGCCAUCUACAUCUACCUUGCAUGGAGAGCCGCUCUGGGCUCUGUGGCCGGAUAUACCGCGUGGAAGUUACUCCGACGGUAGCCAGGUUGGGCAGGACAUCUUCUUUGUAAUGUUUAGAACAGCUUCUAUACCCGGUGAACCCUGUGCUCUGCGAUUAUUUUGCAUGUGGGGUCAUUGCGG